CUUCUGCCCGCGCUUCCGCGACUACUACGACGCAACGACGACGACGUCGACGACGACGACGACGACGACGAUCACGACGACGGCGGCAGCAGCGACUACGACACCGCCACCGCCACCACCGGCACCGCCACCGCCGCGGCCGGGCUUCCUCGUCCACAUCAACCGCCGCGCUCCCGCGACCACCUCGGCUGUGUACCUCAUCGGCGGCAGUAGUAUCCGUGUCCCCGGACAUAACGUCCGUCCGCCGGUUGUGUCUGCUCGCGUCGUUCCCUAGAUAUAUUGCCGCGUAUUAUAUAUCUCUAUAUAUAUAUAUAUAUGUAUGUGUAUUCACACCUAUAUAUCGUACACGACGUAUAUGGACCGCGAAUCCGUAGUGCUGCAGUAGAAUAAAACGCAUAGGACACGUCGAGCGAAAUUAUACUCGUAAUUAAUAAGAGCGUGAGCGGGGUGCGUGUAAACACCGCGGACAACAGUUGUCUCGUUUUUCUUGACCGCACAGUCCGAAAUUGUAGCCAAACCACGACGACGGGACGCUGGUCGAGGUGUGCGCAAAAAAUCGAAAACGUUUUUUCUUAUCUCGUACGCGUAAUUAUUUAAUAUUUUUACAUAUAUAUAUAUAUAUACGUAUACAAUCCGUCCGCAUCACACAACACUGCUGCACGUGCUAGAAAUUUCCGGCAUCGCGUACCAUCGACUCUAAAUGAGUUACCGUGGGUCGCAACAGCGGUGUAGGAGGGCAAUCGUCUCGUGUUCCACAAAUACAUCGUUCCCCCGGUGCACUGGCGGUAGCGGUACGACACCGACGCGAACAGCGGCUUCAGAGGGUGGUAGGUAGUGCGUCCGCAUCAGCAUCCGCGACGAUCUCGUCGUAAUCAUCCGAGACGACCGCCGCGAUAUAAACGCUGCACACUAUUGCUCACGACGCAACGCUUAGUGCUCAAUAACAUAACUGUAACCAAACCGUUUUCACUCUCAAAUAUAAUUUAAAUAAAUUCAUAAUAUAUAGUCAUAAUAUUAUACGAUCGUCGCGAGCACACGAGUAUAUAAAUAUAUAUAUAUAUAACAAACGCCGCUGAGCAUUUCCAGCGCCAAAAUAAUAUACGUUAAUAUAUUAUAAAAUAUUUAAACGGCGUUCAUAUUACCGAGCGUUUCGAUGGACAACCAAAACAACAGCACCACCUCCACUUUCUUGCCGCCACCCAUCGACGGCGAGGCGUCGGCGCCGCUCGCGCAACCCGACGACGACUUCGUGGUGCCCCUCUCAGCGGCCGGUACCCCCAAUACGCCGGCCGACGACGGCGGCACCGGAUCUACCGUGUCGCCCGUGACUCCUAUACACCUCGGCCGUCAUCCGCACGGCGCGAUGAUGAUGGACGACGACCAGGCGGCUACCGCCGCCGCUGAUGGCGGUGCGACGGACGACAGUUCCGUGUUGUUGCCGCCGCCCGACGAGACGGACGGCGAGGAGAAACCGAACAACAAAGACAACGCGGACGGCGAAGACAACGGCGGCGACAACGACGACAACGGGGCCGCCGGAGAUGACGACCAGGUGCCCGUUCUGGCCAUGUCCGGCAUUCUGCCGGCCACGGCUACUGGCGGUGGUCCGAUUUCCGACUCGAAGAAAAACGCCGGCGGACCGAACGACUCGUUGACCGGUGGAGGAACCGGCACCGGCACCGGUAACGGAGAGAACAAAUCUAAAGAGAAAUCACGUUAUACGGCUGGUAGCGGUACAGGAGCCGGAACAGAUGUGGAAGAUUCUGGAACAAGCAAUCCGCAGGCGGCUUUGGGAUGUGGAACUACGUUUGAAUACGUAGUACUAAUAACAGCGUGCUCAAUAUUGCUAUUGGCCGUCACCGGCACUACCGUUUACUGGACCAUGGCCUACCGUGGUGGAUACGACCCCAACUGGUUUCCCUGGCCACCGCAGACCCCCAAGCAAAUGUUAUCCGUCGGCGUAUUUACUUACAAACAUCCGCAAAAUUUCACUACCAGCGGUAGUGACAUUAGUACGACAACAGUUACAACGACCACAGUGGAACAGCAACAAUCUUCGCAGUUAAACAUAUCGUCUUCAAACUCUUUGAUGGAAGAUCGGCGGUUCAACCUGCACCCAACUCUUAUGACGGUCGGUUUCGUCACUUUAACAGGAUUUUCUAUAUUGGUGUACAGAAUGGCCGCUGGAUGUUCGACUUCGUGCAGGGGUACUUAUGUGAAAUUAACCCACGGACUAUUGCAUUUGGCUACCGUACCGUGUGUGGUUUUGGGAGCAGUGGCCGCUAUGGAAUAUCAUCGUUUGAAAGGCUUGCCGCAUUUGUAUUCGUUGCACAGUUGGAUGGGAUUAUUGACCGUUUCGCUUUUUGUAAUUCAGUUCACUCUUGGAUUGUUCACGUUCGUCGUGCUGUUGUGUUGUCGCGGCGCAACGGCUGCGUGCCGCUUACGAUGUUUUGCGCCUAUACACGCCACCCUGGGAUUAUGCACGUUCACACUGGCCAUAGCUACCUGUCUCACCGGACUUCAGCAACGCGCUGACUUCUCGAUAUUCAGCAAUAAUAAUGGAGACGGAAAACAGACAAUAUCCGAAUUGAUCAAACAAAAGUUACACUUGAACAAGGAACCGGUAGUGGUUAAUGUUUUGGCCGUCUUGCUGGUAUCCGUGCUGAUAAUUGUGUCGUACACGAUACGCCGAGAAUCACUGAAGCGGAGGCCCAACAACAAACCGUCAUACACAGCGACAGUGAGUCCGCUGCGCAUAAAAUCUUCGUCGUCAUCUACCGGAAAGUUUGGAUCAGGAAAGCAAUCGUCGCAGCCUCCAGUUUGAGGUGCAUAUAACACGUCAUUCCGCAAUGAUUUCUGCCAUCAUUUCUAUAUUUAAAACAAACAAAAUACAAUUAAUAACAAAAGUACAACAAAUUGUCAUCGUCGUGUAAUCAGUCUUAUAUUAUAUUUUAUAGAAAUAAUAAUAUACAUUCUAAAAUAUGUUUUUCCUAUAUCUUUACAACCGGCCUACAUUUUCAUUUCCAUUUUCAUAUUACUUUUUUUUUAUUAUCUAUAAUAAUUACACGUGUACAUUAACAUUCAUCGGCCGUAACACUGCGCAAUUAUUAAUGAAAACUCUAAGUAACAUAAUUUAACACUAUUAUCUCUGUGUUCCACAUUCCUAUUUGUCUUCCUAUUUCUAUAUUUCUCUUUAGGUAGGUACUAUUAUGCGUAUGUUUAUUUUUGUGAAUAUAACAAAUUACUAUAAUAUACCGAUAUUGAAGUAAUAUUUCAGAUCGAUUUCAUUAUAUUCAUACAUGUACCUAUAAUUAACAGUAUUGUAGAUAUUUUUAUUGACCUACGCAUUAACGUACCUAGUAGUACAAUGAUUCAGUUAAACGGAAUUAAUUUUUUUUCUGAAGUAUUGCGUCUUUCCUACUAUAGAUACUU